CCGGCGCGCGCAGCGCUUCCGGGUCUCGGCGGGUCAGGGCGGGCGGUGCUGCCGCGUCUGCGGUAUGGAUAACGGGAAGGAUGACAAAAGCAGGAUGCUGUGUGCAACUUCACAAGAAGAGCUGAAAGUCCGAGGAAAAGAAAAAAGGAAACGUAAACGCAGUAGAAGCAGAUCAUCAUCCAUUUCAUCCACAUCGUCUUCUAGCACUGCAUCUACUUCUUCCUCCUCAUCACGCUCAUCAUCAAGGUCGUCUUCUUCAAGUAGCAGAGAUUCUCCUAAAUCUAAAUCAAAGAAAAAGAAAAAAGAAAAACACAACAAAAAGAAAAGGAAAAAGGAAAACAAAAUGAAGAAAAAGAAAGAAAAGAAGAAAAAGAGAGAGAAAACGGGACCUGUCCAGCUUUCCAAGUUCUUUAAAAACAAAAAGAAAAAUGAAAACUACAGCAUGAUAACUGGAAAGAAAAUCAAGAUGAAAAUAAAGAAGACUAAGCAGGAUAAAGAGAGAGACCGUAACCGUGCAGAACUCCUUGAAUUUCUGAACUCAGCCUUAUAAUGGGAAGAGUGUUGACCAAGGACAUGUACAUGUACGUAUACCAAGCCAACAAUCACGAGGCCUAGCAAAACACUAAAGGGAAACUCAGGGAAAAGGAUGCCAAGUUUGACAAGACGAGACUCUCCUGUUGUGAAGACAAAUGGGCUGUCCCUUUUUACUGGCGAAAUGAAGAGUAACUGAUAACUUUAUUAAUGAAGAUCCAUGUCCUUCUUUUGAGAUCUGAAGGUAAUAGCCAGGCUGUGGUGUUUUAGAAGAGCCUAAGAGUCUGUUGUUGACAAUGAUAAGAAAUGGCACACUGAAGUUCAAUAAUGUAAUUUCUAUCCUAACUGCAUGCAGAACGAAAUCUUAGUUUCAAAUGUCUUAGUGUUUCUAGUAGUUUAAACAAAGCAGAGUAUUUGUAAAUGUCUAUUUGAAAGAUGAGGCGUUUCUAUAUGAGUAUUUUUUUCCAGUAGUGGUUGUACUUGUCCUAAAGAACAAGUUGACCAUUAUAAAUAGAACAUGCUUUUACAUAAAUGUUUUUUUGACAGUU